UCCCCCAAGAGGUAAGUUAACAGUUUGUUCUCUGAUGGUUCCUCCUUCUUCCUGUGAUGUUUUGAGAAGCUGCUUUUGAAACACCAAACUUUGGGUUGUAGGGGGUCUGAAACUGUUUCUCUUUCUUGUGAGAAUGUCUCCUGGCACAUUAUUCUGUCUUCUUCUUCUCUUUCCUUUAAGGGUGUGGGAUUGGGAGUCAGAAGUCUAGACCCAGCUCCUCCACUUGAGUACUGGCUCUGAGAUCUUGGGGGUGAAUCGAUCUCCUCAAUGGUUCUCUACUAUUACACAAUGUCCCUGCUUUUUUUCUUGACAGGAGCCAUGGCAGAAGACAAUGUUGUUUGGGGUGUACUGACUCAGUCCAUCUCUUUGGACAUCCCUAAUUUCCAGCAGGAUGAAGGAGCAGAUGAUAUACGGUGGUUCAAAGAACUGACUCUGAUUGCAAAAAUAAAACAGAAUGAACAUAUUUUCCUGAGAAAUAAUACAACCUAUGAGAUAUCUGCCAAUGGAACUCUGAAAAUCAAAGAGCUGACGAGUUUAUCUGGGGGCAGCUACAAGGUGUCAGUGUAUCAUAAAAAUGGAACAAACCUGUUGGAGAAAAUAUUGAUUUUGCAUGUGAUGAAGGCUGUUUCACAGCCAAUAAUGACAUUGGACUGCACCAAAAGGAGUGUGAUUUGUGAGGUUCAGAAUGAGACUAAUGCUGAGCUGACUUUGUAUGACAAUGGGACACAGCCUCUGAAGAAGGGGACCGUGAAAAGUGAGGAAAUGAGGCUCAAGUACACCUGGCCAGAUCUUCCCCCAAGGCAGUUCAGAUGUGUGGUGAAAAACAAAGCCAGUGAAAAGGAGGUGGUGGAGCAAAACCCUUGUACAGAGAAAGUACUGGACAUUUAUCACAUCCUGAGUAUUUGUGCAGCUGGGAUGAUUCUGUUAAUUUUCUUGCUUCUGCUCAUUUUCUGUUUCCAGAGAAGGAAAAAACAGAAGGCCGAUGAUCAGAAUGUGGAGAUUAAUAUCUCCAGAGUAAAUAAAGAAGAGAAAGGUCGAAAGCUUCAUCAGAAUCCAGGUCAACAUCCACAACUAUCUGGUGGUCGCCAUCCUCAGCAACCAAGUCGUCCCCGUCCCCAGGCAACUGGUCAUCGUCUCCAGGUACCUGGUCACCGUCCCCCUGUUCCUUGUCAUCAUCCGCAACAGCAACAUCAGCAGCUAAGAAGGCCUUCUCCGAAAGUCCAGCACCAAACUGGCCCUCCUUUGCCUAGACCUAGAAAUCAGCCAAAGCCUCCUCAUUAAGAAAAGGGGAAAUGACUAUUUCUCCUGGGGAAGUUUCCUCUUUGGCCCAUCUGUGAAUAUAUGUAAAAAGAUCAUUCCAAAUAAACUAUACUGCAGAG